AUGAGAGGGUGGAAACUAGCAAGAAGCAUGGAAAAACUUGGUCAGGAUGAAGACAAUGAGAGAGGCAUGAACAGAAUGCAAACAAAAGAAGGGAGGCAGUUUACUGUAGCUUUUGAUAAUGCUGGAUUUACUUGCUUUUCUAUUGCUUUAUCUUGCUCAUUGUUUAUUUUCGGUUCAGGUUGGCAUCAAUGUAGCAAUUGUGAGAAAAAGGCUUACUACAUGUGCUAUACAUGUCCAUUUUCGUUAUGCAAGCGGUGUAUAAAAAAUGCUGUUAUCCUGUGUGUUAGGGGUAACAAAGGCUUUUGUGAGACCUGCAUGAGAACUGUCAAGCUAAUAGAAAGCAAUGGGCUGGGAGACAAGGAUGCACCAGUAGAUUUUGAUGACAAGAGUUGCUGGGAGUAUCUGUUUAAGGAUUACUUUGUUGAUUUAAAAAUGAGGCUAUCUUUAUCUUCAGAAGAAAUUGCCAAUGCGAAAAGUCCUUGGAAGGGGUCUGAUGAAUCUGCUAAUAAACAUGAGUUGGCUGAUCCUCAGUAUGACAACAAUGAUGAUGGAGCUUCAGGUUCAGAUGAUUCUAUUGAAACUUUGGAAGCCAGUAAAACUAAAAGAAGAAGCUUAAAAAGACGAUCAAAAUCACUCAGAAUUGAAGAGGAUUCAACCAGUGCAGCUGCUGUUAGUGGAAGUGAAGGCUUCUCUACAGCUGGCACCACUGAAUGGGCAUCAAAAGAGCUGCUUGAAUUUGUUAAGCAUAUGAAAAAUGGUGAUGCUUCUGUUAUUUCUCAAUUUGAUGUGCAGGCUCUGGUGCUUGAGUACAUCAAAACAAAAAAACUUCGUGAUCCUCAUCGGAAAAGUCAAAUUAUAUGUGAUUCAAGACUUGAAAGACUAUUUGGAAAACCACGGGUUGGGCAUUUUGAGAUGUUAAAACUGCUCGAGUCUCAUUUUCUUUUGAAAGAGGAUUCUCAGAUAGAUGAUGUUCGAGGCAGUAUAGUUGAUACGGAAGUCAAUCACUUCGAAACUGAUAGAAAUGCUGACACUCUUACUAGUGGAGUCAAAGAUAGGAAACGUAAACGUAAGAAAGGCGAAAGAAGGGGACCUCAAUCAAAUCGUGGAGACUGUGCGGCUAUUAAUGUGCACAACAUCAGCUUAAUUUACUUACGACGGAAGUUGAUAGAGGACCUACUUGAAGAGAUUGACAAUUUUCAUGAAAAAGUUUUUGGGACGUUUGUAAGAAUACGAAUUUCUGGUAGUGCACAGAAGCAAGACCUCUAUAGGCUGGUGCAAGUCGUUGGUACAAGCAAAGCUGCUGAACCCUACAAACUUGGCAAGAGGACAACUGAUAUUGUGUUGGAUAUCUUAAAUCUGAACAAGACAGAGGUUGUAUCAAUUGAUACUGUCUCAAAUCAAGAUUUUACUGAGGAAGAAUGCAAGCGUUUACGCCAGAGUAUAAGGUGUGGACUGAUCAAUAGACUAACAGUGGGUGACGUUCUUGACAAAGCCGUGGAAAUACAGCCUGCUAGAGUUGAUGAUUGGCUGGAAUCGGAGAUCCUGCGGCUUAGUCAUCUUCGUGAUCGAGCUAGCGAGAAAGGGCGUAAAAAGGAGCUUAGAGAAUGCGUGGAGAAACUGCAGCUUUUAAAGACUCCUGAUGAACGUCAUCGUAGACUUGACGAAGUUCCAGAAAUACACGCAGAUCCGAAAAUGGAUCCGAGCUAUGAGUCUGAGGAUGAUGAUGGGGAAAAAGAGAGUAGACGAGAUGUUUAUACAGGGUCACGAGAUUCCAGUUUCAGCAGGAGAGGAAACGGGCCAGUUUCCCCUGGAAGCAACUUUUCUCCAAAAGAUUCUCGGGGGAGUGCAGGGAAAUUUCAGUCUAAAAAUUGGGAAUUCGACAGAAGUUUGUCCAGUAAAAACAUUUUUAGCAAAAGCCAAGAUGCUGCACGUAUUGGUGAGAUUGUAAAUGAGAAUGCAUGGAAAGGGAAAGAUUGGGAGACAGAAUCGCAGAAUCUGGAGAAGCUCGUUUCUGCUACCAAUUCUGAAACAAUUGGAUGGAAUAGCGAUGUUGUGUCGAGAUCUUCAGGUGUUGCAUCUGUUCCUUCUCCAGCUACACUCCCAGUUAAGGCUGCAGAAACUGUUGUCAAGAUCAAUGAAACAGAAAAGAUGUGGCAUUACAAGGAUCCUUCUGGAAAAGCACAGGGGCCAUUUUCUAUGGUUCAGUUGCGUAAAUGGAGCAAUACAGGAUACUUCCCUGCUGAUCUGAAAAUAUGGAGAAUUACAGAAAAGGAAGGCGAAUCUAUUCUUUUGACUGAUGCAUUAGAAGGAAGGUUUGAAAAAGCUUCACCAGCAGUUGACAGUAUACAUUCAAGAGCUAUCGUGCAAAAUCGAGAUGGAGAGAGACCUCAUUUGAAUCAUAGUCGUGGUUCUGAGAAUUCUCCUAGUCUUUCUGUUUCCGCUAGAGGUGGAAUUUCUUCUUUUGUUGAAGUAAGGGAAUCAGAAAAUAAUGUGAGUUCUGUUACUGGUUUUGGUCCCGUGCUCAACUCUGGAGAGGGUAUCCCAGCAGGCCCAACAAAUCCAAUGCAACAUACUCAGUCGAUUGCUAGUAAUGAACAACAUGCGGCAGUUAUGAAUAACCAACCUGGCUCACAAAAUGCAACUGUACAGUCCAUUCAGUCUCUUAAUAUUCAGAAUCCUAAUGUGGGUGCUCAUACUUUUGCUGCUGCUUCAUUGAAUGGAGAAACAAAUGGUUCUGUUGCUGCUCCUGGGCAUCCUCAGGGAUAUGGUAAUUGGGUUACGUCUUCUGUUCAAAAUUCUGCUGUAAGUUUCUCAAGCGCAGGAGCCUCAGUUGUGCCUCAACCUCAUUAUUGGGGAGCUCAAACUCAAGGUGGCCAACCCAAUGUGCAACCUCCAUCUAUGCCUACUGCACCCUGGGGUGUGGUGCAGCCAGAGAGUAUCAGUUCUGCAUCAGCACUCAGACCUGAAAAUCCAAAUACUGGCUGGGGCAUGAUGCCAGGAAAUGCAAACAUGACCUGGAGUGGACAGGUACCGGCAGCCAUGAAUAUGAACUGGGGAGUCACUGUUCAAGCAAUGCCUGUUGGAAAUGCAAAUCCUGGUAUGGUUGUGCCUACUGUGCCAGUUCUUGGGAAUUUGAACCAAGGAUGGGUUGCACCAUUGGGUAAUCCUAUGGUCCAGGGAUUUGCGCCUGGUAAUGCAAAUCAAGGCUGGGUUGCUACAACAGUGAAUAUGGGAUCAACUGUUCCCGGGCUUACGCCUAGUAACGGGUGGGUUACUGGAAUUGGAAAUCCUGGAACUCUUGUCCAAGGACAAUCACAACCACCAGGAGAUGCUAAUGCAAAUCAAGGUUGGCGUCCAUCUACUGGAAGUCCGGGCACGAGAAAUAAUGAACACCGGCAUCAUGGGGGUAACUUCUCACGUCACAAGGACGAGGGUUCUCAUGGUGGCAACUCAGGUUACAAUGGUGGACGCUGGAAUAGGCAGUCAUCUUUUGGCAGUAGAGGGCCUGGCGGUUUCUUCAGAAGGAAUAAGCCCUGUCCAUAUAAUACGAAUGGUCGAUGUGUAAAGGGCUCUGAGUGUAAUUAUCUUCAUAGCUAAUCAGAGUUGUAGGAGAUGCAUGAUUUUGUACAGCAAUAUCAAUCGCAGUUUUUCCUUGUUUUAGGUUUAGUGUCCUUUGAUUGUAAAACGUUUGCAGGUUUAGUACCUCAGCUCUUACCUGAUCUCGUGCAAUUUUCCCUGCAGCAAGAUCUCAAUCUACCUGUGUUAGUUUUUGUUCUAAAGGAAGCCACAAGCGGGCGUUAUGGUCAAUCAAUCUGCCUCUAGUAUAUUUCUUCUCUUAUUUUUAUUUGGCAGAAAAGCCUGGUAGACACUUGUACUUGUACCGUUUUGACAUCCCGACUUUUACUUUGCGAAGUUUCAUUUAA